AUGACUUCGUCCACUCCUCCCUCCUCUCGUAGUCCUUCCCCUCAGAAGGUGUGCCAUUCCCAGACUCAGACAGAGGUCCUGAAGCCGCUGCUGGGCGGAGGUGCUGGAGGUGGGGCAGGAGGUGGAGCUGCGGCAUUGAGGAGGCGUCGGCGUGUCUUGUCUAAGGAUGGUCGAAGCAAUGUACGCCUUGAGCAUGUCAGUGGCCGUGGAGCUCUCUACCUGCGUGACCUGUGGACGACCUUUCUGGACAUGCAGUGGCGCUACAAGCUUUUCCUAUUCUCUGCUACCUUUGCUGGGACCUGGUUUGCUUUUGGUGUACUGUGGUACCUGGUGGCGUUGGUGCAUGGAGACCUGCUGGAAUUUGACCCACCAUCCAACCAUACCCCCUGCGUGAUGCAGGUCCAGACGCUGACAGGUGCCUUCCUCUUCUCUCUGGAAUCACAGACUACAAUUGGCUAUGGCUUCCGGUGCAUCACAGAGGAAUGUCCAGUAGCCAUUAUCCUUCUCAUAGUGCAGCUAGUUAUCACAAUGGUGAUGGAGAUUUUCAUCACAGGGACCUUUCUUGCCAAGGUGGCUCGGCCGAAAAAGCGUGGUGAAACAGUAAAGUUCAGUCAGCAUGCAGUCGUGGGCAAUCAUGAGGGUCAACCAUGCCUUAUGAUCCGUGUAGCCAAUAUGCGCAAGAGCCUACUGCUGGGAUGUCACGUAACUGGUAAGCUGCUGCAGACGUCUCUGACUAAAGAGGGUGAGACAGUUCGGCUGGACCAGAGGAAUGUGCCCUUUCAGGUGGACACGUCCAGUGACAGCCCCUUCCUCAUCCUCCCUCUCACCUUCUACCAUGUCAUUGAUGACAGGAGCCCGCUCCGCCCCUGGGCUGCCAAGGGUGGAGGCUGGGCAGACCCAGAAAUGGCAGAUUUUGAACUGCUGGUAAUAAUGAAUGCCACAGUGGAACCCACAUCAGCCACUUGCCAGGUACGAACCUCCUACCUGCCUGACGAAAUCCUGUGGGGCUACGAAUUCCCCCCGGUUGUCUCGCUUUCUCCAUCAGGGAAAUAUGUUGCUGAUUUUGCCUUCUUCGACAAGGUGGCUAAGACCAAGACCCUGCCAUGCUUUAAACAGACCUCUCCUUCUAGCCCAGGCUCUGACAGUGGGAGAGGAGAAGGAGGUGGAGGAGGGAAGGAUCCAGAGAAGAUAAGGCUGGAGGAGAGCUACAGGGAUGAGAAGGGGCGUGAUAGAGGGAGGAUCAGAGAUAGCAGCCCACUUAGUGUUCGCAUUAGUAAUGUUUAG